AUGGCCAUCUCCCUUGCCAACAACUCCUAUAGCCCGACGCGGCUGGGUUUCCCUUUAGACGAAAAGGGGCCUCAACAGAAGCAGAGCAUGUGGCAUCGUUUGGGCCUGCGACGAUGGCUGGGCCGUGACGACCGAGAUGCUUCGCCCGAGAGGGCCGAGAGGAGGAGGCAGGCUUCUCCCCUAUCCCCCCACAACCACCACUCCCACGGCCACGGCCACCACAAUCACCGCGCCGCCUCCGCCGACAAUUUCCCGCGCGCUAAGCAGGAUAACUUGACCCGCCGUCUCUCCCGCAAAGUCGGCGUUUCCGAACAUCGGGAUCGCCUGGCCCCCCUGGAACCUGAACAUCGUCGUGCCCUGUCCGCCGACCGCCAACCGUUGAGUGUCCAAAGGACCAGAACCCGUUCUCCACCGCCAGCCGUGGGCCCACGACUCUCCGCACCUGAGGUUCAGUGGCUCGGCCCGACGCCCGCAUCCACGGUCGACGACGCCGCCGAAACAAACGAUGAAAGUGAUCUCCACGCCGGCUGGGAGAAUCCUUCGUACCCGGACGUGACAAUCACCCCCUCGGAGAUCGAGACCGAUCUAGAGAAAGACUCGGAAACGCAGGCGCAGGCGCCAGUGCCGGCAUCGGCACCCCUGCAGGACGAUCUCGAGAUGGAGCUGGAGCAGCGAUGGAUCCUGAAUCUGAGCAUGCACUUUCGGGACAACUCAGGCCGGGAGAAAUUCUUCGUCACCUAUGCCGAAACCCCCACAAAAUGGCGGCGGGUGACGAUAUCGAUGGAUUACCGCGGCGCUCCGCCUAAUUCCCUGGAGCGAGACUUGGAGGAAUUGCGAUACCAGCGUGACAAGUGUGCCCGAAUAUACGAGUCGAUCCGGGAAUCGCUUGCCGAGAUUCAAUUCUACGACACCGUGACGAAUCUCAAGGUGGAGACACUCGACGGCCGUCUACACGUCCAUGUCACUGAAGAUGUCAAUGAGAUUAUACCUUACCCGCCCAUCGCCAGUAUUCGCCAUCUGAGAGGCGCCCGAUGCGUACCCGAGCACCUCCUACACUUUGACUCCCAUCUUUCGGGAUUCGUGUACAAGGUUCAGCUGGGCGGACACCCAUAUAUCAAGAAAGAGAUUCCGGGCCCCGACACGGUGGACGAGUUUCUAUAUGAGAUCAAUGCCCUCCACGCCCUCAACGGUGCACCAAACGUGAUCCGGGUGGAGGGCAUAGUAGUGGACGAUCAGCAGGAGGUGGUCAAGGGCCUACUGAUCAGCUACGCAGAGCAAGGUGCACUGGUCGAUAUGCUGUACGAGCAGCGUGGACAGAUCUCGUUUGCCAGACGGGAGCGAUGGGCCAAACAGAUCGUCCACGGUCUCUGCGAAAUCCACGAGUCAGGCUACGUUCAAGGUGACUUUACUCUGUCAAACAUCGUGGUGGACGAGCAUGAUGAUGCGCAUAUCAUCGACAUCAAUCGAAGGGGCUGUCCCGUUGGUUGGGAGCCACCCGAGAUUGCUGCAAAGAUCGAGAGCAACCAGCGUAUCUCCAUGUACAUUGGAGUCAAGACGGAUCUUUACCAGCUGGGCAUGACACUGUGGGCACUAGCCACGGGAGAGGAUGAGCCGGAACGACAACCGCGCCCGUUGGUCCUGGGACAUGACGUGGAUGUGCCAGAGUACUAUCGACGUCUGGUCGACAUUUGCCUCAGCCCAAUACCUCGACACCGAUUAGGCGCAAAGGAGCUUCUCCAUUUCUUCCCACCUGAUCUUCUUUUACGACGACCUCGGCCUAUCAGCCAAAUCGCCCUACCUCAUGAGACCGAGUCUGCACCUUUUAUGUCAACGAGGAAUGGCUUCCUUCCUCUGCCUCCAGCAGAGGCACCACACCAGUAUCACCGCAAGAACUCUUACGAGCAGGAGCAGCCCAAUCUACAUGGUGAUAAUCGACCACGAUCCAUGCUGGCAAACAAUCAUGAUGAAGGGAAACGAUCAACCAUCACCCUCGCAGAGUCAACUGGAGAUGCCGAAUUCGCCCCUCGUCACUCAUCUGCUUCCACCCUGAAUCAUAAUGAUCCGCAUGAUACUACCCGGUGUUGGGAUCGCAGCCAGCACACUUUCGACGAUUCAAUGUCCGAAUCAGCACCAGAUCAGAAGGUACAAAAUGCCGUGCCAGUUUUCUGGGCCAACAAUAUGGAAAAUGGAAGCGCCAAUGUCGAGGGGCAGCCGCCGGCCUCGGACUCUCCCUGCCAGAACAAGUCGGCUCCUGUUCAAGAUCAAGACCUCGGUGAGGCUCAGAAGUCCCUGCCCGUUCAGCCAACCUUGGAAGCUUCGCCCAAAGACGAGCAUGUACCUCCACCAACUCGGAAACAUGUCAGCUUCGAAUCUCGGACGAAGGAUUCUGACUCGACGGCCUCUCUCCUGCUCUCGGCACUGCCAAUAAAUCCUGCCCUCAACAUCUCGAAGCGCAGAUCACUUCCAUCUGUACUGAAAGAAGCACAGACUCAUGAAGAGGUCACCAUUGGAUCCGUAUCCUCUCUUGCAGAGUCCCGAUUGCCCAUCAAUCCUGCUCUCGGACUCUCUCAGCGCAGGUCACUUCCAGCCAUUCCACGCAACACCCAACCACAAACACCCGCUAUCGCUGCUGCCGAGUCCGAGUCCACUCGUCAAAGACUCAUCACCUUCCUCGCAGAAUCCCAACUCCCCAUCAAUCCCGCCUUUAGGGGGAAACUCGCUAAUCUCCCUUGA